AUGUGUCAGUCUCACACCUAUUCUCUCAACAAAGAGACCAGUACAACACAGAGAUCCAGCCAUGGCACCUACAAUCGAUUCAGCUUGAUCUACUGUAAUGAGCACCGGACUCUGACCAACAAGCCAGUGGUUGAAAAGUUACGCAGAGAUCGUAUCAACAACAGAAUUGGGCAGCUCAAGUCUCUCUUGGGUCCAGAGAUCCUCACCCAGCAGCCAGACUCCAAGCUGGAGAAAGCCGACAUCUUGGAGAUGACACUUUGCUUCCUGAGACGACAGCAACAGAACCAGCCAGUGAGCUCCUGCUUGGCACCUGUCAAUCAGGGAUACUCCAGGUGUGUCCAAGAGAUUGUGCACUUCCUGUCCAAGGAUGAGGUGAAGACACAGUCCCAGAGAAGACUGCUGAGCCACUUCCAGAGCCUGCAUCCAUCCUCUGAUAAGAACAGGAGGGAGAGUGACCUGCCUCAGUUGAGCUCCCCAGCCCAGCACAGCAUCAGCAAAGAGAAUAAUCCAGUCAACAGCACACUCUGGAGGCCCUGGAAGAGUCCUACAGACUGGAGGUCCACUCUCAAUCAAACUCAAUGGAAUAUGUUGGUCUAACAUUAAUGCCAUGGACAGUGAUCAGAGAUCUUCUCCAUCUUCUGCUUAAGCAGGUUGUUUUAAAAGUUGUGUUUUGAUUGAAACUUUUCAUUUCAGUUUUACUGAACAAGUUAAAAUGUUUUUGUUAUAAGAAAACGAUUAAAUCUGUGAUCACUGCAUUUUUGUAAUGUUAAUAACCUUUAUGUUUUGUGAAGCAUCAUAAUGUGUUGAUUAUGUUAAUAAUGUGUUUUUUAUUUAUCAACUUCAACUGUCCUCCAUGAGGACUUUUAACCCAAAAUGGGUAUUUUAUCAUCAAUCUUUUUGUGAUUAUCUAUUACCAAUCUGUUUAAAGGUCAACACGUAUUCAACAAUAAGCAAUUUUGUUACAACUACAUUUUUGUAGUUAUAUGGUGAUAUUGACAUUAUAUUGAGCAUCUUCUGUGAAGUAUGUAUCAGUAUUAGUUAGGCAUUUGUUAUUGAUCAACUUGAGCUACAUCAUCACUGAUCCUCCAUGAGGAUUAUUUACCCAAACUGGGUAUUAUACCUGUUAUCAUCACUCUGUGAUUAGAAAUAAUUGAUCUGUUUUUAGAUCAGACUUUAUGUGUGAAAAUGUUGCUCACAUUAUUUGAAUAAUGUGUAUAUUGUAAAGGGGAGAAAAUGUUUUCUCUCAAUGUGAAACCUUUGUUUAUUUUAAACAAUAUGUUGUCUUUUAUAAAGACAGUAACUGUGUAUCCUAUGCUCUGUUAGAGUAUCAUAUGUCUUGAAGAUUGAUCCAAGUUGUGGUUGUGAUGUGUAAUCACCUAAACUAUUCACCUUAUAUUUAGGUGUUCAAAUCUAUGAUGUGACUCUGAGUCAAUGUCAAUAAAUC